GCAGGCAUGUGGCACUGAAUGCCAUUCCUGCCUGACUGGGACAAUGCAAAGCAGAUAUCAGUGCUUAGUAGCACCUUCUACUGGCCCACAAAUCAGCCUCACUGGUAGGACAGCAUUUUGGGCAGAGGGAGAAGCAGCGUUUACAGUUGCCAACCAAGCGAUCAGAAAUGGUAGGAACUUAACUCCAAGCAGCUUGCAGUAGCCAGCAUACCAUGAGCCUUUUUCUGCAGCCCCAGCUCUGACCAGCCUUUCAGUAUUCUGCCUCCCCUUUAACACAUUUAAAGCAAACAUCUCCAAGUCAGGAUUCUUUGUGGUGACCCAUGUUUCUGGGAUAGGUUCAAGAUGUAUUCAAACAAUACUAGGAACAAAACCCAGUAACCUCCAACUGGCUUCCAGGUGGUGUUAGUUUCAUGUGCCAGACAGAUUAUGUUACUGCAUAGCUGUAACCUAUGUCCCCAUGUUACCAUAAAGGGGAUAUUUGGCAUUGCCAGAUUGGCAUUCCACAGUGAGAUGCAUCACUGGAUGCAGAUCCAAAUACCCCUAGAGUCUGGAGCUGUUUGGACACACAGGCUGAGGGUCCAAGCCCAUAUCUAAGUAGUGAUGGCCAGAAGUUUUACCUCUUCCCUCUGAUUCAUCCAGCAUUGGCCAUGGGUUUGUGCAAGCUGGUGGCCUGUUCUAUCCAACAUUGUGUUCCCAAGCAGAAUUCAGCCAAGCAGGAGAGGCACAGCCAGUGCCUACAAUUUGUCAGGGUGAAGAAACAGCAUAUUACUGGAGAGUCCCAAACCUUUGCUCCCUCAGUCUCUGCAGGUCUGGCACAUGGAAAGCCCAGAGGCACUGAAGUAUCCCACUCAAGCAGCCAAGUGUUAACAACCUCUCCAAAGUCUAAUUUGCCUUUGAUAUAGACUUAAUUGUUUGCGUCACCCACUGGGCUAGGGGGAGGGCUAUAAAAGGGGCUGCAGCCAUUGUCUGAGGCAGAAGAGAGCCCAGAAAGAGCUCCCUCUCCCAGUCUUCCUCAUUCAGCACAGUAGUCACAGCCUGCACAUCAUGCAGCUGGUGGCCAGCCUGGUGUCCGUUCUGCUGCUGGUGUGGAGUGUGAGAGCCACGGCGCUGCCCGGGGAAGAGAGGCUCGCAAUACAGAGCACAAGGGAGCAGAACACAGUCCGGAAAGAUGCCAUCCUGAAGAUGCUGGCAGGCCUGCUGGACACUGUGGACACAGGGCGUGAGGUGGCCUCCCCGGACAUGGAAGAGGAGAACAAGCUGGAGGAGGAGCGGGCAGUGCUGGGGCGGCUCGCCCAGCUAUCGCAGCGGGACCGCAAGGCUCCCUGCAAAAACUUCUUCUGGAAAACCUUCACCUCCUGCUAGUGCUGCCCCAGCCUGGCCCCACUGGGCCGCACACCUGCAAACACCCUCCUCUCCCCUCAGCUGCACUGUCCCCCGAGCUCCCUUCCUUUUGUUCUGCACCCCUGAGAAUAAAGCAUGGCGCC